AUGGCUGAGUGUCGGCGCUCGGUGCUCUCGUGUGCGCGCUGCAGGCGGCGGAAGAUCAAAUGCGACCGCGCCAUUCCUUGCGGCCAAUGCGUCACAGCCAAAACCUCCUGCACCGGGUACAGCUCCAAAGACCAAGAUCCCAACAUUCCACGCAGCAUCGUCCAGCAUCUCGAGGCCGAAAUUGCCAAAGUCGAAGCCGAGCUCGCCCGCAAUGGCAACCUCGACGACCUCAAUGCCUCUGAUAUACUCGCGGGCAUGCCCACUCACAACGGCUUACACAUUGAUACGUCCCUAUCUCAGGCUCCUCCGCUACCCGCCAUAGCCAAGCCCGAAGGCCAUCGGCACAGCAUUUCGGCCCUGAGCAAUCCUUCGCCGGUAACUCCUGUCAUGCCCAAGGAGCCUGACAUUGGUCGCGACGAGGCUAUGAAGUGCGACGAACUGCAAGCCAUGAUCUUCGCUAUCUUACCCUCCGGACCAGGAAUUACUGACUUGGUCGCACGAGUCAAGAUGAGCCUCACGCCUUCCAAAGCGAUGGCUUCAGAAAGUCCUCAGGGGGCUCGCAGAAAGUCUUCGGUGUCUAGACUCACCAACGAAGUCAGCUGCGCAAUGCUAAAGAGCAUUCCUACCAACAUUGUGAGGAGUCUCAUCAAAAAGUACAUGACCAAGGUCUAUCCCAUCUUUCCCGUUCUGUAUGCUCCUGAGCUAUGGCAGCAAUUGGACUCGGUCCUGGCUACGCUCCAAGCGCUUCCAGAUCGGCACCGUACCGUUGCUCCAUCCUACGAUUUCCUCAUCAUCUAUCUCAUGCUGUCGGUCUCAGCUACGCUCGGCAGUUCCAAGACUGGUCAUGAGGCCAAGCAUAUGGUCUUCUCCGGAUCUCUGUUCGAGGAAGGAAUACAGCAUCUGUCGUCAAGUGCGAAGAUUCCAUCCGAUCUGGCAGGUAUCCAAGUUACGCUCAUGAUCUUGCAGUAUGCGUCAAUCAAUCCUCGAUUGGCCAACGUAUGGAUGUUGAGCGGCGCCGCUAUGCGAGCUUGCCUGGAACUUGGCCUACACAGAGAAGCGCCCGACGCACUAGCAUUCGAUAAAGUAACGCUAGAUUUGCGACGCCGUAUCUUUUGGACCGCUUACUGCUUCGAUAGAUCCAUCUGCUCCGCGCUACAAAGGCCGCUAUCUAUCCCCGACCAGACAAUCGAUGCGCAUUUUCCAUCAAUACUGGACGACCGCCAUAUCCGCCCUUCGGGCAUCGAUUUGAGUGGGGUAGAGACGAAGAUGCAUAUGCUACGCUGGACUCAUUUCCGCCGUCUGCAGUCCAUCAUGACCGAGGUCCAUUUCCAGGCCAUGCCCCUUGACCCGGGCCAGACCUGGGACGACUGGCUUGCCCUCAUGGAACGGCGUCUGCAAGCCUGGUACGAGGACUACAACGAUGGUCAUGAGCUAACAGAGUUCACCCUCGCACACGGGUUGACCAACCUACACAGACCAUCCCCACGAGUACCCAUGCCAGCCCCCCGAAGUCUAAUGGUAGCCUUCGAAGCGGCAUGCUCCUCGGCAAAGAGCCUCCGCGAGCACAUCCUGACCGGCUUCUACCGACGCUCGUGGCUGAUCGCGCACCACGUGCUCGAGAACUCGAUGGUCGUGCUCUUCUGUCUGCGCCACGGCUUCGACAGCAUCUCGGCGCGCUUCAGCGCCCAGCAAAUCUUCGAGAUGACCAAAGUCUUCACCGCCAACUUCCUCGCCCUCGCCGCCCAGGGCUGGAACGAGGUCUCCAAUUACGCCGGCGUCUACGAACGCCUGCUGGGUCCGCUGCUCGAAUCCGUCUUCUCCGGCCGCCCGCCGUCACUUUCAUCCUUUGGUCCCGCACAGGACUCGGAGCUGACGCGCCUGCUGUACCCUGGUCCCGCCCAGCUCGACAAAUUGCGCUUCGGCAGCCGGAGCUACAGUAAUGGGGACUUGCCGUCAUUCGAUCUGGCGAGCUUGAACUGGGAGGACUUCAGCGUUAGUGAUGGCACAGGCCCGCCCGCAGAAUUUGUAGGUGGCUGGGAUCUGCUUGAUUCUGUCAAUGUGAAUGUUAAUGCGCAGCAGCAACAGCAGCAGCAAGAUGUGGUGUUCGGCAUGGCUUGA